AUGUAUUUUUUGGCAGUGCUUGCGUUUAUUGGAAAUGCCAAAGAUAGCAACGCGGUGAGCUCUAGCCUUAUCCCGGGCGGCCAUUGUCGCGAUUACAAUGGCAAACUCUAUGAGACGGGCAUGCAUUAUAUGCCCGGACCGGACUCGUGUCGUCUGUGCAUCUGCGACAGCGGGCUGCCCAAGGCGUGCAAAAUGGUGUUGUGCGAGGCGUUUAGUAAAUGCAAGUCCUUUCAAACGGUCGGCAGCGGCAACAAUUGCUGCGAGGUCAUCUGCCUGGACGAUCAGUUCAGCGAUGGCAGCACCGACUUUGGCAUUUGACUGGUGGCCAGUGGCAUUACAGCCACGCUGUCCUUAUCUUUGCUCUUCUUCCUGGUGAAUCGUUUGCGACAGCGUAAGAUGCGGGCACGCGAGAAUCGACAGAACACGGAGGAUCAGCGCAGCAUUGUGGGCAGCAUUGGCUAUAUUGCCGGCAACAUGGGCUACAUGGAGGGCAAUCUGAGUGCAAUAGAUUAUUCGUAUGGCGGCGCCACCACCCAUUAUCCACUCUGGAAGCCACCAAGCGGCUAUUUUCCGCGUGGAGAGGCCCCACCACCCUAUGAGGAAGCCGUGGCCAUAUCUCAGGCGGAGGCGUUAAGCGCUCAGUGCACCGUUACACUGCCCAGCCAUGUCCAGCGCCAGGCUUUGGCCAGCGUCAGCC